AUGCUUGCUUGUGAACAAUUGUUAGCCGGUACCCCUUCAUCCAUAGUAUCCAUUAUGGCAGGUAGACCACCAAAGCAACAACCACAACAACCUCUAUUACCGCCAAGAAGACCAGGAAGACCAACAAAACUAGAGCAACAACAACGAAAAUUACUCCAACAGCAACAACUACAACCGCAACAACAACUUCAAUAUCCACAACCAGAACAACUGCAAUAUCCACAAAAUUCACAACAUCAACUACUACGAAUUCCACCACAACUAAAACAACUAAAACAACCACAACAACCACAACAAUCACAACAAAAUAUGGUAAAUUAUUCGCCUCUUGAUUUAUUGGCUAUUUAUACUGAAAGACGAUACCAGCAAGAAAUCGAGGCAUCUGUUGGGACGAACCACAAUAAUACAUUGACAAUGCUUUCAGCUGUAGCGUCAGAAGUGAGGAGUCGGGGUACAAAACGUAGUAUCGAAGAUGUAGAAGGGCGAGGGAGACCUCGAAAAUAUGUUGACCAGCAACAACAACCGCAACAACAACUACAACAUCCACAAUCACAACGACUACAAUAUCCACAGUAUCCACCACCACAACAACUACAAUAUCCACAAAUUCCACAACAACAAAAUGUGGUAAAUUACUCACUUCUCUAUUCAGUGAUUACGUCUGCCGAAAGACAAUAUCAACAGAAAAUCGAGCCAAUUGUUGAGAUAAACCUGACGAUGCAUCCAGCUAUAAAAUCAGAAGUGAAGAUUCAGGAUAAAAAACGUAGAAUCAAAGAUGUAAAAGCAAAGAUGUUUUUUAUUCAAGAAUUCGAAGAUGAUACAAUUUAUACAGGAGCAAAUAUAAAAUUAUGUUUCUUUGUUAAAUGUAUUCAUGAAUCUUUGUUUGGAAAAGCUGCAUAUUAUAACAAUGGCAAGCUUCUUUUUGGUUUAGAAGAAUUCCAAAUACAGAAUUUAUUGAAUGAUUGGAUUUAA